GAAGUUCAUCAGAAUUGUACAGUAAUUGUGUAAAAAUAAACGUGGUUACUUUCAUCUAACAUACAGUAGCACUCCGAACCCCUGCAGAGCGCCAGGAGGAGGACUGUCUCGGCCGCUGGAGGACGACAACGUCCGGUCCGCGCAGUAAAUCUUCGGAAGUUUAGAGAGCGUGUGCCCCACCAACCCCCACAACAAUGAAAGCUAUCAUCCAAAGGGUCACCAGGGCCAGCGUGACAGUGGGGGAGGAGGAGGUCAGUUCAAUAGGCCGAGGACUGUGUGUGCUGCUGGGGAUCUCAGUGGAGGACACCCAGAAGGAUGCUGACUACUUAGUACGCAAGAUCCUGAACCUGCGGCUGUUUGAAGACGAGAACGGGCGAGCGUGGAGCAAAAGCGUCAUGGACCGGGACUUUGAGGUGCUGUGUGUGAGUCAGUUCACACUGCAGUGUAUCCUGAAGGGCAACAAGCCAGACUUCCACUCAGCCAUGCCUGCAGAGCUGGCCCAGACCUUCUACAACAGCAUCCUGGAGAACAUGAGGAGCAGCUACAAGCCCGAGCUCAUUAAGGAUGGGAAGUUUGGGGCUUCCAUGCAGGUCCACAUUCAAAACGACGGACCUGUUACCAUAGAGCUGAUGUCCCCCACUGGCCCCUCAGACCUCAAACAGCUUUCGAAGCAGGAGAAGCAGCAGCAGAGGAAGGAGAAGACACGCUCCAAGGGCCCCUCAGAGUGCAGGGAUAAAGGAGCGGGGCGUUCCCGACAGGACCCCAACGCCAGCAGCGGAGCCGACGGAGAUGUGUCAUCAGAGAGGGAGCCUUAGUUCAGCAGGAUUUAAAAGCGGGGACAUGAAGGGGAGCCCAAUUUCUUCAGGAAGGCUUGAAUCCUCAGCGACUCUUCCACCUAAACGUGACUGUCCUCCUUCUUCUGUAAAUCUGCAGGACUCUCUUGGCCUGCCGCAGAGCAGCGUCCCCCUUGCUGGUGUCCUUGGCUCCUCUUCUUCACAUCAGAAAGGACUGGCUCGGUUGUAAAGCAAAGAAGGAAAUUCUAACCUCAAGAUGGCCCAGUUUUUCUUAGAUUAAUGGAGGGAGAUUUCGCAAGGAAGGGACGGACAUCAGCAGCACGAUGCUAUGUGGCGCAGCAGAAUUCUGUGAUCUCUGGUUAUAAUUUUCCUACUGUCUAGCUUUCUAUGUCUCUACCUCUAUCUGCCUCUGCCUCUGUACGUCCUUUUCUCAGAUUCUCCCAUCCUGUCUCAUUCUGAGCCCGCUGUCCCCACUUAAUCUCUACUUAGAGACAUGGCACUGACCCUGAAGCAUAACUCCUCUAAAAGUCCUUGGCGUAUAAUAAUAAUAAUAAUAAUACAAAAUGAUGCUAUUUAUAUAACUCUUUUCCUGAUGCUCAAAGUCACUUGAAAAUGCAGAACUUAUGGUAGAUGGACAUCAGGACAGUGAUAUGGGUAACAUCAGCAACAGCUGGGAGCUGAGGUAUACACAUGUGGAAAGUCUACUAUCAAGGUUGUUAUAACUCUAUGAAUGGACUGCAUGUCUUAUUGUCCAACUGACAUUUCCAGAGCACAGAUCUUUGUAAAUCAAAUGCCCUGUGCUCUCAAUUUAGAUUUUUACAAAACACAAAAAAGUGCAAUGAAACACAUUUAGCCAAUAAACGAUGAGGUACAUGCAUUUUGUGACUGCAACGUCCACUUCAGCUAGAAUGAAAAAUCCUUAGUUUGACACCAAUCUGAUUUAACCUAAAACAAACGUAGUAUUUUCCUGCUUCCUAUGCAAUAUAAUUGUUUUUCGGACUUGAGAUUGACCACCCCUACUGCUUAUCUCGAUUAAUCCAACUCGUUCUAAUUGCAUGACAACAGCAGAUGGAAAUAACCAUUCAUCUGCAUUUUUUUUGUGCCAAUUUUCAUAAACUGUGCCAGGCAUUUGGAUGGAAAUAUGGUCUCUAUAGUUCAUAGUUGGACUGCUGAGUUGUCUAAACUGGCUGAAAGAUCAUCUUAGACUGUGUACUAAAGAAGGAAUGGAUUUUCGGUAGGGCGGUGGUGGCGGCAAAGUCCGUAGGGACUUGGCUUGGGAACCAGAAAGUCACCGGUUCAAGUGGCACCCUUAUUAAUACUGCUCCCCGGGCGCCGUACAUACAGUAUGCUCCUAACACUAGGAUGGGUCAAAUGCAGAAUUUAAAUUUCCCCUCUGUGGGAUCAUUAAGGGUUCCCUCAUCUCUUCUGCUUACUUCACUUUUGUCAUUUAAGUCGAGGGUGGAGUAGCUUCAUCGUAGUGACCAUGAGUCAGUUUGUCUCUUUGACAUGUACUUUGUCUCUGUGGAGAGGGGACAGCUGUGCUUCACAGUGAACACCAGGAACACUUCCAUUCAUGUUUCUGACGAUGUCCUCCUGCUGUCACCUGACAGCUCUGAAUGUACAUUUUGUUUGCCUUUUAUAAAGAUGCAAAUAGAAAAGAUA